UACGUACCCUGGGCUGACCUUGUCAUCUGUGUGUGCGAUCAGCUGCAUCCGGACGAUGUCGACAACGGUCACUUUUGACACGAAUAGCUCUCGUUUUGUGAACAAGAUAUUACGGAACAUUACAAUGUAAGAUGCUUGAUCCCUACACCUCAGUCCUAGAGCAGUAGCGUGCUGGCAGAAUGAUGGCUAGUCUUCAGGACGACAGCUUGCUCACCAAACAUCAGCAGAGGGCGUUGGACCUGCUCCUGAGGCUCAAGCAUGACUUUGACCCACAGCAUCUCGGAGAGGCCUGCAGAGAGCUCACCAAUCUAAUCUUGAAACACUCGGAUUGUGUGCAAAUCUUGGAGGCUUAUCAUGCCCACAGACCGGUCAUGGACAUGAUGGAACAUCGCACCUAUGAAGCAGAUAUACAGCAGACUGGCUACGAAGCCCUUGCAGCUAUUAUGAGUGCGAGCAACAAACUCAGAGAACUCAUCCAAAAACGCAAUGUCCACCAAGAUGUUCUGGAGAUUAUGAGUAAACACACCAAGGACUCUGGCGUCCAGACUGCGGCUAUGAAGGUCAUCACCUUCCUAGCAAUGUCAGCCAACAUCUGCAACUUCCUUCUGGAGGAGCAGAUACUAGAGUCUGUGGUGCAGACAAUGAGGAAUUUCCCUGGAGAUGCUGGCCUCCAGAAGGUCGCUAACCAGGCCUUAAGACAACUCCUAGCUGAAGAUCCUGCUGUCCAGGUUGACUUUGUUGAUGCCAAGAAGCACCGUCCAGUCAUAGAGGCUCUUAAGAAUCACUAUGACAACCCCGGUGUCCAAGAGGAAGCCUUGUGGCUAUUGGCUGUCCUAGCUGGCUCAGAGGAGAACUACGACAUUCUUCUCCAGGAAACCCACAAGCUGCUGAUGACUGCCAUGAGGAAUUUCCCCAAGAUAGAGGGAGUACAGACAGCCUGCUUUGCCUUCAUGGAUGCUGUGGCGAUCAACAUUGAAAGUCAGCAGUUGUUAGAAGUCAACGGAGCCUCCCAGCUUGUCUUGGCUGGAAUCAGAACAUUCCAUCUGAGCACCGACAUCCAGACACUAGGAUUCUGUAUCUUGACAAAACUAACCGAUGUUAUUUUCAGACCUUUAAGUACUAGUACGAUAGAAACAUCAGCAGAAGACAACUGGCUGCCAGACGUAUUCCUGGGACUCACUCGCCAUCUGGACAGUGGAGAGUGUCAGGAGGCUGGGUGCAGCACACUCAAUAAGCUGAUUGAGAAAAGACCACAUGUGCUGAAAGGAGUUGAGAAUGGCAGUAUUGAGAAUGCUGUGUUGGCCAGUCUUAGAGUGCAUGGCUAUAGGGAGGCAGGUGUCUUCAUAUCAUCGUGUGCGUCAGUCUACUCUAUGGUCAUUAACUCAGAGAGGAUGAGGGAGAGUUUCAUGGAGAAGGGAACAUACAUGGACAUCCAAGCUGGCAUGAACACUCACAGGUUGAAUGACAGGGCUCAGGCUGUGGCAUGCAAAGCGCUCAUGGGACUAUGCCUCUUCAGCCCCGAGGAUAAGGAGACACUAGCCCUGGUGGGAGUACAGGUGGAAAUCUUCAACGCCCUCAAGCACUACCCCGAUAAACUGGACGUCUUAGAGGCCGCCAUAGGAGCCAUAGCUUGCCUUGCAGAUGUCGAUAUCGUCCGUUACCAGUGCAUGGUAGAAGGCAUCCAUGAGUUAAUCCUACAGAGUAUGGUCAGCCAUCCCAACAACAGCAGCAUACAGGAGCUGGCGCUGGAAGCAAUGGCUGUCCUCUCCACUGCAGAUGGCAUGGCUGAACUACUGUGUGAAGCAGGUGCCUUGGCCUACACUGUGGAAACUAUGGCUAGAUAUGGUCAAUGCGAAGGAAUCCAGCAGAAAGGCAGCAUUCUGCUUCAAGCUCUGGUCGCGGAGCAGAAAUCCAUUGACAACGUGCCGGUUGCUAGGCAGGUUGCCAGGGCGCUGGUUACCGCCAUGAAGAAGUUCCGUAACGAUCCCAAUGUUCUUGCUGAGAGCUGUGUUGCCAUGCAGUUACUGGCAGAAACAUCGGAACAGAUCGGCCAUGUGUUUGUGGAGAAUGACGCUCAUGAAGAACUCUUCCACAUCAUCGAAACAUACAGCUCAGAUAAAGUUUUAAUUGAUGUGGCGUGUGAGUGUUUGUACGUCCUGUGCUGGAAAUGGGACUUCAAGAAGGAUUUGCUACUGUGGGCCUGCAAACAGAAUAAACUAAAGGGAGUGGAGGUUCUGCUGCAGCUGAGUGCUAAUGUCAACGUGGGCAAGGGUCGCGAGACACCGUUAUGUCUGGCCGUUAAGAAUGGAAACACAGAUAUGGUCAAACUACUACUCAAACAGGGCAUCAGCGACAUUCACACUGCCUUGCAUUUGGCUCUGGAGCUGCACCAUGACGUUAUCAUUGGACUCCUACUGCAACACAUGGGACAUGAUAAAGAAGGAGGUAUUGCAACGUGGAGUGGGCUGGGUCUUACUGUGCUUCAGCCGCUGUGGUUUUACCCGACAUUUCUGGGUCAGAUUGGACCGGUCUCUCCGUCAGUCAGAGGCAACUCCUCCACGAGUCAGAUAGCCAGUCGUAUUCGUCACACGGAGGAGAACCGCGCCAAGCGACGCCAGGCCGUCUUCAACAUCCUGAGUGAGGUUGACGGCUCGCUGAGUUCCAACCUGGCACCGGUGGUUCGUACCUCCUCGCUGAACAUCCUCGUCUCGGCCGACCGGGAACUGUUCCCUGGUAGUCCGCCCCCGAAGGGGGGACCAGGCACGCUGCCGAGAACCACCGAGAAAGAAGGCGCCCAGUCUGCUUUUCAAGUUGGCGAGGCCAACGACACUGUUUUCACGUGCACGGAAAACACCGCUUUCCUCCCCGACACCCUUGACGCUGCCAACACCGAUUCCUCGCUAGAAGGUCAGGAACAAGACCAGUUCGUAUCGGAGCGCCCUCCCAAUCACGAGCGCUCCAAGAGUCUCUACGACUCGGAGGUGGAUAACCUGACCAAAGCCAUGAACCGACGACGUCAGCGGUCGGCGGGUGAGAUGGAUAUGAUACGCAAGGUCUCCAGCAGCUUUGUGCCUUGGCGCAAGUCGCUGAGCAGCGCCAACCUGCCCAUAAAUCCAGACGAUCCACGCUGUCUUGAAAGCCUACAACGAGGACUGAGGGAGCAGACUUCAGCCAGGGAAUCCUUCUCCAUUGGGAGCUCCUCUCGUCCUCAGUCACCAAGCCUUCUCAGUAUCGAGUCCUACGUCAAUAUCCGCUCAAGAUCGCAACCCGAGAGUGAAAUCCGAGGUGCCUUCUCUGUGAGCGAGGAGAGUGCAGGGGAUCAAUUCCAGUCGCCUUCAGACAGCUCUCAGCCUAGACCCAAGACUGGCCGACUGUUCUCCUUCGGCAGCGUUAGUGACAGCAGCGCCACAGAUAUGGAAUACAGCGAGCCCUCGCAACCAUCAGGUGUCAUGCCGGAUGUAGUGCCUACCCCGUCCCCAUCCACCACACAGUGGCAUAGCACUCCCGUUCAGAGGAGUAAGAAUCGUCGAACCUCCAGACACAUGCUUCGUCUCAGCCAGUCCAUGCUAGACGUCCCCGAGACCUUAGAUCUCCACGUCCACCUGCUGGACCUCUCAGCCAAUCGCAUCACAGACCUGCAGCAGUUGGCCCGAUCAGAGGACAAGUUGAUGGAACAGUUUGCCUUCCUGGAGAAGCUGGACCUGAGCAAUAACGCCCUGGACGAACUUCCUUCUCAAUUGACCCAGGCGCUGCCUAGGCUUCAGCAUCUGGACCUGAGGAACAACCAGUUUCAGACCCUGCCUGUGCACCUGUUUGGCAACGGCAAGCUACAGACGCUAGACAUGUCUGGGAACAAGAUCAACGACGUGAGCGAAGAGCCUCUUGAAGUGUCGUUUACACUGAUUGACUUGAACCUGAGCAAUAACUGUAUUCAAGAAUUCCCCAUGUGGUUAGGACAGUAUGCUCCGGCAUUGGCUACCCUCUCACUAGCAAGAAACAAUCUGAAGGAGUUACCAGCGAUGUCAAUAGAGCUGACUAGGCUUCAAACCUUGGACUUGUCUCAUAAUGGGCUGUCACACAUCCCGCCAGAAUGCAUGUGGCAUUGCAACUCUCUGGAUUACCUCAACGUCUCGUGCAAUCAACUCAAGAGUCUACCCGAGGAACUGGGAGAGUUGCUCUGCUCCCUGACGACGCUCAAGAUGGCCGUCAACAACUUGGCGCUACCCGAGCCUUACUGCAUCCCCAAAAUGAUCCUACAAUUACCAUGGUUGAGGAGCAUUGAUUUGAGCAACAAUGGCUUGACUGGUGUCCCCCCUCCAAAAGAAUGGAAGAGUCAAGGUUUGCGGGAAAUUCAGCUUGGACACAAUAAGAUCAAGAAGCUUGAUCUUAGCGACAACAUCCGCUCUUGGCAAAAAUUGGAACGCCUUGGACUGAAUAACAAUCAACUGUCUCAGGUUCCCAAGGAGGUGGGCCAGAUAUCCACAUUGACAUCCCUAGACAUCAGCUACAAUCCCAAGAUCACCUGCAUUCCUGACGAACUGGGUAGACUUUCAAGGCUGUGGGAGCUUCCUCUGGAUGGGCUCAAGUUGGACCUCGACCCUUCCAUCCUCAAAGGCCGUACCAAAGACAUCAUUGGCUUCCUGAAUCAGAAACUCAAACAGUCUGUUCCCUACUAUCGCAUGAAGCUGAUGCUUGUCGGGUAUGGAGGCAGGGGCAAGUCCACACUGUUGGCCAGACUACAGAAGCUGAGGAGAAGUAAGAAGGAAGCCAAUGUAGCGACAGUUGGAAUCAAAGUGUCUGACUGGAAGAUACCAGUGAGGUGUAACAGGAAGACGGUGGAUUUCACCCUAAAUACCUGGGACUUUGCUGGGCAGGAGGAUUUCUACAGCAUGCAUCCGUGCUUCCUGACGGGACGAGCUCUCUUCCUGGUGGUGUACGAUAUUAGCAAAGGUCCCGAUGAGGUCAAGACAUUACGGCCGUGGCUGCUGACCAUCCAAGCCCUGGCCCCAUCCUGUCCAGUGGUGGUGGUAGGAACCCACAAGGAUAAGAUACCCAAAGACAAGGAAGAAGAAUUCAUCAGUGAUAUGGAGAUGAGAGUGCGGAGUAUCUGCCAAUCACCAGGCUUCCCAGAGAUCAUGGGUUUCCGAGCUGUCAGUUGUACCAGCGAGAACGAAGGCCUGGAAGCCUUGCGCCGACUCAUCGUGGAAAUUGUUGAGACUUGUAAGAUUAAAGGUCAAGCAGUCUUGGGCCAGAUGAUUCCCUACAGUUACCAGCGUCUUGAGGAGUUACUGAAGGAGGAAGCAAGGAGGAUGAAGGAGAAUAAGGAAGCACCUGUGGUGAUGAGAAGACGGUUACUGCAGCUGGUACGAGAACACUCCCUGCAGUUAGACAGUGAUGAACUAUCUCAGGCUGUACGAUUCCUCCACGAGACAGGAGUGUUGCUACACUAUAACGACCCUGUGCAGCAGCUGAAAGAGAUGUACUUUGUGGACCCUGAAUGGCUGUGCAAGAUCAUGGCACUGGUGGUGACUGUGAGGGAAAUCAACCCUUUCAUCAGUCCUAACGGGCAAAUGAGGAUCAUUGACUUGCCUAUACUCUUCACAAGAUCCGAAGAUCUUCCCAUCAAACGACUCCUUCCACAGUACCUCAAGCUACUUGAAAAGUUUGAGGUUGCACUUCCAAUUACUGACACGGAACUUCUGAUUCCUUGCAAGAUGCCGAGUCAGAAACCAGCAAUCAGUCUACCGUCCUCAAACAGACAAGAUCUAUUACACCGAGUCUAUGACAUGCCGUAUGUUCCAAUCGGUUUGUGGUCUCGUCUGAUAUUGAGACUUCUCGUCUUCUCAACGCAGAUGCUACAGACACCUUCCUCUGUUGAGUCUGCUUCCAGUGAUGACAUCUCCAAAGUCACCAAGUACUGGAGAGAGGGUAUCUACGUCUGCUGGUCAAGGGAAGCAUUUUUUUGUGUUGAAUCGCUGCGGAAGAGCCUUGACGGUCUGAAAAUCACCGUGCCACAGACUAAAGACGGAAAUAGACUGCUUGGCCUACUCUGCGAUCACGUCGAUGACCUGAUAGAGGAAUGGUUCCCAGGGCUGACUGAGAUGGACCCAUUGCAAGGCAAGACGUUGGUUCAACGGAUCGUACCCUGUGUGCUAUGUGAAGAAAACAAGAUCUACCAGUUUCUUCUGGACGACCUGAUAGAGAGGUCAGAAGACAGCGACUACAUUGUCUGCCCUAAUCAUGUGGAUAUGCAGGUGCCGCUAAAACUGCUGGCUCCUGACGUGAUGCUUGCUGACCUUGACGAAAGAUUCCAUAUUGACCCUCAACAGUUGCACUUCACGCCAAGUUCUUCGCAAAUGCUUGGAGAUGGGAGUUUUGGAUCUGUAUACAAAGCCAAAUACAAGGAUCAGUAUGUUGCAGUGAAGAUGUUUGGCAUGAGUCCAGAUGUGCAUCCCCAUCGAUUGCUCAGACAAGAGGUAACCAUUCUGAGACAGUUGCAACAUCCUAGUCUAGUCUCCAUGGAAGGCGUUGGUUUGAACCCCAGGGUUCUUGUCAUUGAGUUGGCCCAGCUUGGAUCACUGGCCUCUGUCCUGCGCAACAAGAAAGUGACUAGUAGGAGUCUACAGCACCGUAUUGCCAUGCAGGUUGCUGAAGGAUUGAUGUUCCUCCAUGAGCAUCGCAUCGUUUACCGCGACCUGAAACCAGACAACAUCCUCAUCUUCUCUCUCUCAUUGGGAACUCUGCACAAUGCUAAGAUAGCUGAUUAUGGCAUAUCUAAGUUUGCCACACCAUACGGUCUGCGGGCACCGGAGGGUACCCCAGGCUACCGAGCACCUGAAGUCAUCCGAGGGUUAUCUACAUAUAACACUGAGGUGGAUGUGUAUUCUUUUGGCAUCCUUCUGUAUGAGAUGGUGACAGGGGGCCACAAACCAUUUGAAGAGUUGGAGUUCAGGGCCGAGUUGGAUGAAGCUGUCAUGAAGGGUCGUCAGUUGCCGCCACUGACCCACAGCGGCAUUGCACCUUGGCCAGAUCUACAGGAACUCAUUGACUACUGCUUGGAGCAUGUACCACAACACAGGCCUACCUCGGAGCAAGUCUUCAAUUGGUUGAGUUCUGCAGAGUUACUGUGCAUCAAGAGGGAGUAUCCUCUACUCAUGGAUGGCUGCGUGGAAUGUAUGGCAGUGCGGGUUUAUCAGUCGGACGGAGAUGACUGCCAGGAGGUCUGGCUGGCUGGAGGGGACAGGAAGUCCACAAUGGUCUCGUGGAUACAACCCCUCAACACUGAUCCUGAAAACUCCAUACAGGGUAUGAUGUUGCACAAGGGCCGAGCGUUAUGCAUGACCGCAAUCGGCGACUACUCCAUGGUCAUCGGCACUCAAUGCGGCGAGCUGUGUGUUUGUGACCUGUCUUGCUCCCCGUACCGGCUCAAGCACACGCCGCCGAAACUGGGCGACGCUGUAGUCUGUCUGGCUUACUGGAAACGGGAACAAGAGCCCAGCUUAGUCUUUGCUGGACUGGCUAACGGAAAACUGGCCAUUUACAAAGCACACCGACUGCAGAAUGACAAAGAUUGCCAGCCAGACAAGAUGGUGCACAUCGGCUCCAGGGACGACCCCAUCAAGUGUAUCACCCUGACUCGUAACAAGGUCUGGUUAGCUUGCAGUGCUAAGGUCAUCAGUCUAAGCAUCUUUGAUCUGGAGUCGGACACUAGUACCACUUUACUGGAACCAGACCAAGAAGAGAGACCAGCCAUGGUGAAGUGCAUUGCUGUAGAGAAAGCUAUCUGGCUGUGCAGAAGAAACAGCUCCAUCAUUGAGAUCUGGGACGUUAGCCGACGCAAGAUGACACUGACCAUUGAUGUGGCUGAUUUCAUCAGCAAGGAAGACAGAGCUGAGCCAUCCAACUGUUACAUCAAAUCGUUACUCCUCCAGCCCCGCGUUGCAUUGUGGGUAGGCACCGCGGGCGGUCACCUGAUUGUCAUCGAUACCAACACGCAUCAACUGGUAUCCAUCAGCAAACGGUACACGUCCAACUUGAGAGCAAUGGUGGCCGUCAAAGGACAAGGAUUAAACAAGUCCAAUUCUGUCAUUGUGACGUCAGGAUCAGGCUUCGUGCGCAGGCCGGGUGUUCCAGACCACACAGAUACUCAGUACACUCACGUCUUGGUCUGGGACGCCGAGUUCAAGUCCCAAGUCCGCUAUCUCCAGUCAGACAUGGAGAGACGUCGCCAGCCAGAGACCCAAGCCAUGAAAUCCUGGCACAAGGUGCAGCAUUUCAUUCGUACCAGUCACGCCUUCCACCUGAAUCCUAAAGUCGUGUUCCCCCAUGUCAUGCGCUGAUCAACCAAAAUCCUGCUUGAAAAGAAAAAAUCAGCCACUUAAAUGCAAUGCUUUUCAUUUUGAUGGGUUCGUUUUGGAUGUGAUAUGGGCUCCGUGCUCCAACAAAAGAGGGCAUGUUUUUAUCACUUUUAAGAGCUCCGUGGACAGGACACACAGCGUGUGCGUACUGUACUGUACUGGUUCGCACGCGAAGUGUGCAUGAAUUCCUGAAUGUGCCAAAGUUAUUAGCCACAGCGUCUUUGUGUGAGUGUCAGGCGUCGUCCGCGCACGAAUACAUUCGAAUUUAACUUGCGAUGGUCUCCCAGACUUAUCCCCACCCCCAAUAACUUUGGAUCAUUCGAAAUAUACAGUGGAUGGACCGGAAACCAGUCUAGGUCUCCCCAACUCUCCUUUUCUGGUUGUUGAAGUGGUACUUGUGCACGGAGCCCAUAUGCACCAUAUUAUUAUUGGCUUUCAUCACAGAAUGGCUUUCUUGGAUGUAAUGUGUACACAUGAGGAUAUUGAAUAGUCUGGUGCUUGUCAUUGGUAGUUGGCAUCAUACUUUUCCGUAUAUAGUAUACAGGGAACUAGUCCAAGAUGGCUACAUUGUUUAAAGCUCCAUUGAUUCCUUGUACUUCAUGCAGCUGUUUAUAUUUUGCUUUGGUUUUUCGCUGGAUUUCCAUUUGAAUCAUCUACCAUUGCAUGCAUUAGGAGUGACUGUAUAUAUCUUCUGAAAAACCUGGUCAUUUUCGGAAUUGUUUUAAAAAUCAUCAUGCAUGUGUAUUAAUAUGUAUAUAUUUGUAACAUUUGUAUGUAUAUGUGUAUGCACACACAGAUUGUCACUAUUUUAUUUUACCAUAUUUACGAUUCGUUGAAUGAUGCAUGUAUAUCACAUUUGUACUUAAUCGAUGAGGAACAGUCUCACUUUUUUGUAAACCAUCAUCAAUAGCCGUAAUGAAUUACUGAAUGGAACUCAUUCAAAAGAGAUCAUUUCAUGUACAAAAUUGUGUAAAAAGUGUAUGAAAGAAAAUAUAAUAGGAUUUUCGUAUACAUGUAAUAAGAAGAGCUGAGCUAUCGUUACGAUUUUGAAUCGUCCUUGUAAAGACAUGUACAUACCUCCUUUCAUUUCAUUUCAUUUCAGUUCAAAUUGGUUUAUUAUAAAGCAUCAUGAAUCGCAGCCAAGGGCUGAAUUGCACAUGAUUUACAUUUUCGUUUUAACAGCUAAAAAAAUUACAAUAAUACUAUAACAUUACACAAAAUAUAUAUAUAUUAAAAUGUUCCUGAUAAAGCUUACACAACACAUCACAAGAAAACAAUUAAAAUAUAAUAAAAUAAAAAGUUCCCCCAGUCUGUGAAAACUAAAACCCAAUUUUCGUAAAAACAAACAGGCACAUUAAGAAAACAUUGGAUAUUAUACAAUAAAAAGCCUCAAUUAAUCCACGUUUGAAAUUUUGGCCUUGUUCAGUAAACUGAUUAAGUAUGGGAGCGCACUUUUCUGCAUACGUGUUGAUUUACAACGGGGCUCAGGAUACUGAUUCAGUUCUCCUAGAUGACAUCCUAUUCGUAUGUUCAGGGGGGAGGAGGUUUCUAAAUUGAGAUGUAGUCUGGAGAGUUUUAUCAAUAAAAGAAACAGACUGUGACUCCCUACGUUCCUCAAGUGACAUCAGGUUACAUUCACACAAGACAUCAUUGUAGGUGCUAUAUUCACUGCCCAUUAUGAUACGAAAGGCUCUUUUUUGUAUUCUUUCAAGGAUUAACUUAUCAUGUUUUGUGAGUGCUCCACUCUUUAAUACAGAAUGGGGCAACAUCCCAUUUGCCAGAUACCAAGAUAAUUCCUCAGGGUUUAGUAGAACUGUUGGCACCACUGUUGUUCAUUUUUUUGAAUUCUUGCAUGUGCUUGUGUAUGUUGUCAAGUUGUGAUUCUUUGCCUCAUUCCUUUCAUUUUGGUGGCACAAUUUGAAAUUCUCAAAAGCAAAGUUGGCCAUGUUUUGUUUGCAAAUAAGGGUGCUACUAUGGGAAUUUUUUGGAUGACACUUGCAUUAGAAAUAUCACUUUUAUUGAAGACAUUUAGCAGAUUUACUUCGUUCUAAAAAUUUAAGAUUUGACAAAUGUAUUUUUUUUUAAUAUAAGCAGCACGUAAAAUGAUGUCUAAACCUAAGUUUGUACCCACAAGAUUACAUCAUUAUAGCGCCCUUAUUUGCUACAAAAAUAUGACCUAUUUUUAUGUUGCCUGUAAAAUGUGUUGCUCAAUGGCAAAAAUAGCCUGCUCCCAAAAGUAGUAAAACAACAUUCAACUUCUUCAGAAAUGUUUAAAGAAUUUUGUCAAAAUGUCACUUUUUGCCUCUUUUUCUGUCAUUGCCCGAUUUUGUUUUUAUUAAACUGAUUAUGUCAUUGAAGCCUAAAUGAUGAAAUGAUGAUUUUUGUUUGCUUGGAGGUGCCUUGUUUUCGCAUGGGGUGUUCAAUCUUUGUCGAAAAAAAUGUCUUAAACUAUGUUCAUUUUCAGCUGGUGCUCGAAAAUGUAGUCGCUUUCCUCUUGUGGAAAUGUUGGUUCCUGUAAUGUAUGUUGUCGUUUGUAUUUUUUAAACAUUUGACAUAAUGAAACAUUGACUAUUUGUUAGGUAUGCAAUACUUUCAUUAUGUCAAACUACGUCUGUAUGAUGUGUCUUGUAGUAAUUGCAUGAUUGCCAAAAUUAAAGUUUGUCCGUCACCAUUA